AGAGAGAGAGAGAGAGGGAGAGAGAAUAGUGUGCGAUUAGACAGAGGCACAACAACAGACAUGUAGAGAGAAGGCACAUGGUAGGAGUAUGAACUUAAACAACUUAAAAGUUUAGAAUAACAGAUGACAUCUCCUCAAAAGGGAAGCGAGUACGAAAGAAACGUACUACAACUCAUAAGUCACGUUACAUCCGACGAUUUAAAAAAAAGGAGAGAUAUUGACAUUGAAGGAUACAGCAGGUGCGGAAACUCCAAGGAAGACUCCGGUGUUUUUUUUUCCUGCUGGUCUCAGGACACUGUGAGUAAGUGAUGACUGCAGCUGCAACCCACACAUCUCUACUCAUUCUAAUGAUGAUUAAAGUUUCUAUGGUGAUUGUGGGCACAGUCUCAGGGGAGCCCUGUGUGUUCCCAUUCCUCUUUAAGGACAAAGAGUAUAGAGACUGCACCACCGCAGGCCGCACAGAUGGCAGAUUUUGGUGUGCCACCACCUACAACUACAAUCUGGAUAUAAAUUGGCGGUACUGUGGAUUGCCCUGCCGGUUCCCAUUUCGCUAUAAUGGUCACAAUUACUAUAGCUGUACUACUAAUGGCCGCACAGAUGACAAAUUGUGGUGUGCCAACACCUACAACUAUGACCAAGACAAGCAAUGGAGCCUCUGUGAAAAACGUCCGUGGAGCUGGAUGGUGUCGUACACCCUACAUGAUAUCUGUGCGUUAAACGGCUCUUCAGUGGAGAUGUCCUGCUCUUACACCUACCCCUCUCAUCUGACUAUGCAGAAAGCCUACUGGAUAAACUCCUACAGUGACGGAGCUCCUGAUGUCUCUCAGGUGUCUGAAUACAAAAUAAGAGUCAUGGUGAACUGUGAGGAUAAAGCGGAUAACUGUACUCUACGUAUACAGCCAGUUGAUCAUCGAGAUGAAAGAAGUUAUUACUGCAGGAUUACAACUAAUGUUGAGAAGGAAAACCGCACAGGGCCACAUGGAGUUAAACUCUCUGUCACAGACUUGAAGGUGGUGACUCCCAGGAGAGUGAAAGAGGGAGAUAAUGUGACUCUCACCUGCAACACCACCUGCAAUCUAACCAGCAGCCCGUCAUUCACCUGGAGUAAAGAUGGACGUCCUGUAGAGAAGAAGCAGAUCAUCAACAACCAGCUGCAGCUCCACCCAGUCAGUUAUGAAGAUGAGGGCAACUACACCUGUGCUGUUAGAGGCCAUGAGGGUCAUCCAUCGCCACCUUACAGGCUCAUAAUAAUGUCUGUGGAGCCUCAUCCUGUGAUCACAGUUCUUGUUGGAGUGGCAGUCUGUGGAGUUGUGGGUCUCCUGUGUGUCCUCUACUGGCUGAGAUCAUGCAGGUAUAAAUGCAACAGAAACAUGACACCAAAAAGAGACACAAAUGACCAGAGUGAUGGUCACAAUCAGCACCUCAGGGACACAGUAGGAGCUCAAGGGAAGGACAACCAUGACAAUCAUGACAACCAUGACAAUCAUGACAACCAUGACAACAGUCUGCAUUAUGCCAGUCUCCAGUUCAGGAAAGAUGAUGCUGCAAAAACUUCUCCUGACCGACCAGAGGGGGAGCCCUCUGUGAUCUACAGCAGCCUCCAAAUUGGUGUGUGAAGAAAGCAAUGUGAAUAGUCAGUAUGCAAACUCAUAGAAAGGAAUGCCACAUUGUAGCAUCGGUUUGUUUUGGACUGGUUGCUGACAACACCCAGAAUGCUGUGCGGGGGGUUUGGGGGGAAUAGUGUGGGUUAAGUGUUUGUGUUUAGACCUUAUUUAGGGAUUGUGUUUUUGUGUACAGGCCCGGGUGUAGCCCUUCUUGGUUCUCCCUCCUGUGUUAACCUUGUGUCGGUGUUAAUGUAACUACCCCGUUUGUGCAUUGUGUGUGUGUGAAGUGGCUACCCUUGUGUGUUCUUUGUAAUGGUGUCUGUGUCCUCCACUUCCACCUGAUUAAAAGCAUUGCCUUGACAACGUGUUGUCAAUUGUUACAAUACAGUAUAUUUAGCUUCUGCAGUACUGAAUCUAUGUGUUGCAUAUUAAAAUCAAGCCAUA